AUGCCUAGGGACAGGGGAUCGCCCACUGCACCCCCUCACGACCCCGUUAAUGGGCAACAGGAAUUCGUCAACAGCCACGCCGCCCACUCGCAGAACAACAACCAACAGUUCAACCACCACGAGGCCAAUGGUCACCGGACUGAUGCCGCCCAUGUGACCACCCAACAGGUUGCCACUGCACCUGUCGACGAUGAGGGCAACCCUCUCGCGCCGCUGGAGAUUGACGACGACCUCCUUCCUCAAGCCCUCCAUGCUCAACUCGCCCUCUCGCGUGCCCGCCAGACCGCCGCCGAACUCGCCGCGCAUGGCCUGGAGGCGGAGAAUGGCAUCCUCCGUCGCGCACUCGCCGAAGCUGAAGCAGAUGCCGCGCCUGUUCGCGCGAGGGCGAGGGCGCUGCAGCGCGUCUCGCACCGCCAGCAGCGCCUGAUCGAUCUGCAGUGGCUCAUGCUGGACCGGCGCGGGGUCGAGGUGCCCCACUCCGUUCUUGGGGAGGGACAGGCUCGCACCGCUGCAGCAGCAGCAGCCAACGGAACCAACACCAACGGCACGGGCGACACUGAGGGCGGCACUCCGACCCACUCUGACGCGAACAGCAACGCCGCGAACAACGCCGAAUCCCAGGCAAUCGACGCAAUGACCCUCCUCUCCCGCGCCGAACGCUCGCUCGCCUCCGCCUCCGACUCUCUGUCCGCGCUCGGCGUCCUCCUCCAGGCUGGGAACACUACGGUCGGACACGCGGACAUUAUGGCCAUCAAGGGACAGAUCGACGGGCUGCACCGUACUUGGGCGCCGCUGCCUGCUUUCCACUAUGCGCAUGCUAGUCUGAGGGGCAACGCUGCUGGUCAGAGGCUGGUUGAUGGGCUGGGCGGGAUUGAGGCGUACUGGACCAAGGACUAG